CGAAACAUCAGUGUUCGUAGAGUAUCGAAAGUGAAAGGUGGUUUUAAUCGCAAAUGUAGUAGUGGGAACAGUUUAUUGUCGUUUUGGGCUGAAAAUACUUUCAGGCCAAAUCGUCAAAAUGCCGGGUUUGAUUCGUGUGAGUGAAUUUGUUGAAGAAACUCGCGAGGAUUAUAAUUCACCGACAACAUCAACGUUUGUGUCACGGAUGCCACAAUGUAGACAGACAAUUGCAUCUUUGGAAGAGACGUUGGAUUUCGACCGUGACGGCUUAACCAAGAUGAAGAAAGCAAUCAAGGCGAUUCAUAAUUCUGGAAACUCUCAUGUGGAUAACGAAAUGUACCUCUCCCGGUCCCUUGAGAGGCUGGGCGGUAAUGCUCUCAGUAAGGACCAGGAACCGGAUAUUGGAGCUGCUUUCCUUAAAUUUGCCGUCGUCACCAAAGAGCUCUCAGCACUUAUGAAGACCUUGAUGCAGAACAUUAACAACAUCGUGAUGUUCCCCCUAGAGAAUCUGCUCAAAGGUGACCUGAGAGGUGUUAAAGGUGACCUGAAAAGGCCAUUUGACAAAGCAUGGAAGGACUAUGAAGCAAAAUAUGCGAAGAUAGAAAAGGAAAAGAAGCAACAGGCAAAAGAAGCAGGAUUAAUUCGAACAGAAGUUACAUCUGCUGAGAUUGCUGAUGAAAUGGAGAAAGAGAGGAGGGUGUUUCAGUUACAGAUGUGCGAGUACCUGAUUAAAGUAAAUGAAAUUAAAACAAAGAAGGGCAUUGAACUGCUUCAACAUCUUGUGGAGUAUUACCAUGCACAAACUAACUACUUCCAAGAUGGACUGAAGACAAUUGAGCAUUUUGGUAGUUACGUCGCAGAUCUCUCCAUUAAACUUCAGAAGAUCAGACAGAAGCAAGAUGAAGAAAGGAGAAGGUUAACAGAACUCAGGACUCUCUUGCGUAGCGCGCCCGGGCUUGACAGGGAGACCAGCUCACUGAACACAAGUGGGACUCUUGGGGGAACCGAAAAGGGCACAGGAUACUCAUUGCAUCAGCUACAGGGUGACAAGCAACAUGGUGUGACUCGCACUGGCCAUCUACUAAAGAAGUCAGAAGGAAAGAUGAGGAGGGUUUGGCAGAAACGGAGGUGUCGUGUCCAAGCUGAGGGUUUUCUAGAUAUCUGCCAUGCAGAUGAAACCAAACCUCCCACUCGUGUCAACCUCCUCACCUGUCAGAUCAAACUCGUGCCCGAUGACAAGAGGUGUUUUGAUCUUAUAUCUUACAACAGAACAUACCACUUCCAAGCAGAAGAUGAAGCUGACCAACGAGCGUGGAUGUCAGUAUUGGUGAAUUGCAAAGAGGGAGCACUGAUGAGAGCAUUUGAUGAUAGUGGCAAAUCUGGUGGUGGUAAACUUAAUCCUAGUCUCCUUGAACUACAGCAGGCUAUUAUACGAUAUGUACAGAAAUUGCCUGGCAAUGACAGAUGUUGUGAUUGCAAUUCGCAGAAUGAUGCAACAUGGUUAUCAACAAAUUUUGGAAUUAUUGUUUGUAUCGAGUGUUCUGGAAUCCACCGCGACCUUGGUGUUCAUAUCUCACGUAUUCAGUCACUCACUCUAGACAACAUUGGUACAUCACAGCUGCUGCUGGCUCGACAUAUGACCAACAAUGCGUUCAACGAGGUCAUGGAAUAUAUGCUGCAUGUAUCAAAACUUACACCUACGUUACAUAUUACAAAGCUGUCACCAAACAGUACAAUGGAAGAAAGGUAUGAGUUCAUUCGUGCAAAAUAUGUGGAGAAGAAAUUUGCUUCCCAGACUUGUGCUGAUGAGCGAGAUCUUCUCAGUGAUCUGGAACAUGCUGUUAACAAUAAAAACCUCUACCACUUACUGGAAGUGUUUGCAGAGGGUGUUGACCUAUCAGCUCCUCUUCCAACAAGUGAUAUUGGAGAGACUGCUCUCCAUCUGGCUGUAGUACGUGAGAUGGGGAACUCGUUACAUCUGGUGGACUUCCUGGUUCAGAACAUGCCAACGCAGGCAUUGGAUAGGGCGACACUGGCUCCAUCAGACACCACUGGCUCUGGCAGCAAUACCGCCCUUCACUUGUGUGCAUUGCAUGAUAAAGCCGAGUGCAUGAAACUGCUCUUGCGGAGUGGAGCAGACCCAACAUUACGUAAUGCUCAGGAUAAAACACCACUAGAUAUUGCACAGGAACGAGGUCAUCACACCUGUGAAGAACUGCUACGACAUGCACUACAGAGGCAGAAGAGCCACUUCGAUAAUGUGAAUAUAGACUGGAAUCUGUCUCAUGAUGAGGGUUCAACAGAUUUCUCAGAUGAUGAAACCAUCAUUGAAGACAGGAAUGGGUCUGUAACACCUGAGAAGAAGUCAAGGUCUCGUCCACCAAGCUAUGCAGGGGGAGAAUCUCCUGUAAAUCCCAGAUCUCGAUCGUCAACUUCAGAUAGUCUCAAAUCAGGUUCAAGUCCAAAUAGUAACUACAGGCAAAUGCCUCCUCCACCACCUCCAAAGGAAAAGAAACCUUCCACAGGAGGUAAUUCUGUUUUCAUAGGCUCAGGCAGCAUAAAAAAGCGAACAGCACCUCUACCUCCAGGCUCAUACAAUAUGUAUGGCACACUACCUAACAGCCAUAGUAGGACACCAUCGGAUCCAAUCGUCCCCAACAGUCAUAUGGGGUACCACACUCUCAACCACCAUAAGCGUUCACCGUCUAGUGAUUCAAAUGCCACGAGUUCAGGUACUGCACGGACUGGGCCUGCAACUUCCAUACAUUUGCCUCCUGGUGCAAAGCUAGUCAUACCUGCUGGAGAGCCACCAUCCCUUAAAACAACUUCAGCAGUGUUCGAUAAGACAAAUAUUGGUAGCAGCAGUAGUUUAUCAGGGUCUGGAAGCAUACAGCGACCCCGUGGCCCUCCUCCCCCCACCCCUAACCCAAUGCAAGGUGUUCGUCUGUCAAAUGGUCGCUCAACGGAGAGCAUAUCAUCCAUGUCGUCCGAUGUUGAGUCUACAAGCAGUCUACAUAAUCCAGUUCCGCCCCCAAGAAAGAAGAAAGAAAGAUCACAGCUAGAAAGUUAUGCCGAAGAGAGUGACCUCCUCAUCUCCUUGCCAUAUUUCUUCUGUCCUCUACAGCAACCCCAACCGGCUGUGAUGGCGACCACAGUUCCAGUGACAGAUGCUAUCAGCUCCCCCGUGGGUGGCAGCACUAGCAUGGUGAGUCUUCGUCGCUGCCAGGCGUUGUAUGACUGUGAGGCAGAUAAUGAAGAUGAACUGUCCUUCAGAGAGGGAGAGGUAAUCAUCGUCACCAAUGAACAGACAGAUGAUGAGAACUGGAUGGAGGGGGCAGUUGAAACUGACCCAUCCAGAAGAGGGAUGUUUCCAAUUAGCUUUGUGCAUAUGCUGGCAGACUGACUUACUCACUGCUGUGCAGUGUUGCCAAGGGGUCAGUUACCCCAAAAGGAGGGUGGAUCUCCUGUAGCGUCAUUUCUACAGUUGUCAGCAAAGCUUGUGUGCAGAGGUACUAUGCUGACCAUAGCUGAAACAGAUUAAGUUCCAGUACAGUAUUGUAGCGUAAGAAAAGCAGACAGUAAUUGGAGCUAGUUUUGGGAAAUAUGCCUCAUGUGUGUUAAAGGUUUGUUAAUUUAUGCAGGGUGCCUAAUUAUUGCAUUCACUGUUUUACAGGAUGUUUUCUGGACAUACAGAAUAAGUAAAAGUGUUUGCAUGCAUAUGUACCAUGAAGGUCCUCCUUAAAAAGUUAUGGCUAUUAUAAUUUUAACUUCUUGGUCACACAAAUGUUGAGUUCAGUGGGUCUUAUAUAAAAGUGAAACAAAUCAGUUAUUAUUUAUAUUUUUUCUAGGGGUGCUCGAAAUGUCCUUCAUGUUCACAGACACACAAUUCAGCUCUGUGUGAUAAGAAACUUGCUAGCAUUCGAAGAUUCUGGUGCACUCUUUUGAAAAUUGAGGUUGACACAACAAUUCCUGUCUAGUGGCAGUUGCACUGGCAUUGACUCAUCCUGCAGCUCACAUAGGUACAUCCCAUGAUUCUGCACACUGUAUAUUGCUGCACAUUCAAAAUGUGUAGGACGUGUAUUCUGUCAAAGGAGUAUGCAACACUUGGCCAGAGACCACAUGUUUACAGAAACAGUUUUGUUCCUGGAUGAUCUGGGGCUGGGAUUACCAACUUUCAUAAGAAAUGUCUUGUCAGAGGAAAAUCCCCAUUUGAUUCAAUCUCACAUCACCGAAGAGAGUUUUCUGUCAAUCUGUGGUCUGCAAUGUUAGAUGACAACCUCAUAGCCCCCACAUUUUACCAGCAUUAGUUUGUGACCACGAUUACGUUAAUUCUCUUCAAAGACAUUGAAGUGGAAUCUUGUAAAAUGUGUCCUUCAGUACACAUCUGCCCAUGUGGUCUCAACAUGACAGCCCCCACCACAGUACAUUCAUUAAAUGUUUCGGUGGCUGCCUGAAAAUUAUCCCAGAUGUGGAUUGGUCACGGAUGUGAAGCUCCAGUUUCCCUUCCUUCAUGCUACCUGACUUGACUACUCUUGGUACAAACUAUAUCAGUAGUAGACAGGAACUGUGGCCUUGAAUCAAACAAUUUGUAAGUUAAAUAAAGAAUCUGCAUUGAAUUUUUUUAAUUCUUGCAAGUUUCUUUUUCAUGCAGAGUUUGGUUGUGUGUCCUUGAGGAUGGAGGCCAUUUUGAGAAGGUGCUAUUAUAAAAUAAAAUAAAGAGAUUAUUGAUAGCUGUUUUUGUUUAAAUUCUUCUUAUAUGCAAUCCAUUUAACUCAGGAAAUAUUUAAAAUGUGACAAUGGAAACUGAAAUUAAAGUAGCUCUCAGGGCAC